CCGCUGCGGCAGAGAAAUGACCGAUGAUGACUCCGACAGCGUCCUCAGCGAGUCCCAGACCGGGGAGGAGAGCGAGCUGCCUGUCAUCCAGCUGUGCGGGCUGGUGGAGGAGUUUAGCUAUGGAAACUCUGCUCUCAAAACUGAGACAGAGAUGUUUGAAAAAUAUUACAGUAAACUGGAGUCCAGGGAUCACCAAGCUCAACAAUUAUCAGAACUUAAAAUGCCGGCAGAAUUUGCACAGUUCCGAGGCAGGCGUAGAUCUAAAACCCGCACUGGUAUGGACCGUGUGUCAGUCCUCACUGUUGACCAAAAACUUGAGCUUGUACAAAAAGAGCUGGAAGACAUGAAGGAAGAAAUAAGGCACAUGAGGGCCAAUGCCGAACGGGACCUGCAGCAUCAUGAGGCUAUUAUUGAGGAAGCAGAAAUACGAUGGACUGAAGUUCAGAGAGCAGUGUACGAGUUUGAAAAAGAUAUUCUAAAAACCAUAUCCAAGAAGAAAGGGAGUAUUUUGGCCACUCAGAAAGUGAUGAAGUACAUCGAGGACAUGAACCGCCGGAGGGAUAAUAUGAAGGAUAAAUUACGUUUGAAAAAUGUUUCUCUCAAAGUUCAGAAGAAAAAAAUACUUUCACAAUUGAGGCAGAAGGAAGAAUUGGGCGAGGCCCUCCAUGAAGUUGACUUUCAGCAGCUGAAGAUUGAGAACGCUCAGUUUUUAGAGACAAUUGAAGCAAGGAAUCAAGAACUGAUCCAGCUAAAGCUGGCAUCAGGAAACACCCUGCAGGUCCUCAACACAUACAAAGGCAAGCUUCACCGAGCAAUGGAACUGUCCAUCAAUCUGGACAAGGAGAUCUUGGUGAGAAAUGAGCUACUUGAAAAAAUUGAAAGAGAAACCCUACAAGCAGAGGAGGACCGGGCCAAAGCCGAGGCUUGGAACAAGAAGUUACGGAAGCAGCUGGCUGAGUUCCGAGCUCCACAGGUGAUGGUGUACCUCCGGGAGAAGAUAUUAAAUGGGGACCUGGAGAAGAGCAUCAGGAUGUGGGAAAGGAAAGUGGAGAUUGCAGAGAUGUCCUUAAAAGGCUACCGCAAGGCUUGGAAUAAAAUGAAAACAACCAGUGAGAAGUUGCAGGCAAUUUGCCCCCCUGGGAAAUAGCCAGAUCCAUUAAAGUAUCAGCUCCUUUCUAGUCAUGGGGUCCUUUCCCUUUCCCUGUGCUGGCUGGUGUCCCUGACUCCCCAGCCAGGCUACCCAUCACCUUCUGGGCCACAUCUUCCCAUGAGGGGUGUGUUCAGAGUCUGGCCCCUGGAGCCUUUAACACUGAAAGAACCACAGGACACUCUAAUGGUUUGAUACUGUUAGCCCACAUUUAGUUCACAAGCACAAAUGAAAGUGACCUUCCCGCAUGUGGGAGUGGGACAGAGGAGGGAGAGCCAAACCAGUGUGUGCCCUGAGCCUAUCUGUGGCAGCCCGGGUGUGCAGCUAUCAAAAACAGACACCAAAACAGCAUGGUGAAUAGCUGGCACUCAGCAUCCUGAGCUUACUCUUCAGUUUGGGGGGUUAGCUCCUAGACCAGACUGCUGCAAAAGAAAGCAAGUACAAAGAAAACCAAGAUAAUUUCUUGGGGCUGAUGCUUCCUGCACUGGACCCACUCUCCUCAUUCUCCCCACCAUAAUAGUCAUAGUACAUGGGUUGUACGGCUGAUUCCCUUAUAUUCUUUUCACUUAAGUCUAGAUUAUCUGUAGAGUUGUUUGCUAGCUGUGAAUAUGUGGUGGACAUUGUUUGCCCUUGGAAGUCUGAUUGGGACCAUUCAUUGUGGCUAAAUCUAGUCUGUGUCUUCUGGGUUGAGGUAUCAUAUGAUUUCCGGGGGGAGAAAGGAUUCAUCUUCUCCCAGUGGUAGAGUGAAGACAGGGAUAGGCUUGCCCUCCCACUCUUGGACAUGAUCCAGUUGCUGUAGUCUUUCACCACGGUGUACAGAAAUAGACCAGGGCAGGACUCGCCACCUUGGGUCAGGAUUCCUCUCAGGACCCACACAUCCAACUGGUCUAGCUGGCACAUCAUUGGGCUUCCUGGGUCCCCCUGUGACAAAGGACAGAAGACUUCAAGACUUAGAAAAACUUGUUUUCUUUUUAAACAUAUCCUUAUGCAGUUUACUGUUUGUUCUAGAAAUGUUUUACACUCAUUCUUACUGGAAAAGGGGCAAAUUAUAGGAUGCUAUUUCAAACCUAUGUAGCCACCACCACAAAUUCCAACAAGAUGACUUUUUCUUUUAUUAUGCAAAUUACCUGGGGACUUCUGCAGAUUGCCUGUAGCUUCCUGUUUCAUAUUUGAUUUUCUUGCUCCUUUACAGUACUUUGACUAAGUCUUCCCUCUCUUUUGGCUUCUCAUUCCUCAAAUGUUGGUACGUCUUCCCUUUCUGGCCUGGACUGCUCACAUUUCCCCUUCUCUGUCUUGCUUUUGUCCUUAGUUUAAGCUGCUCCCUCCCACCCGCAGUCCUGCAUGGAGCACACACUGGGUGAGGUUCACAGCUUUUCCACCUGCUCACCCACCCCGCCUGCUCUUGGCCUUGCCUCGAGUCCUCUGGGACUUGGGAAUUCUGCCACAUACACAUAUACCAUAUCUCACUUAGGAUGAGUGGGUAGAAGGUUGGCACGCUUAGCUAGAUAUGUAACCCUGGACAAGUGGCCUAAUUCUCUCUGAGCCACAGCAAGCAUACGGUUAAUGCCUGUAACAUGCAGAGCGCCUGGCGGCGUGCUUGAAGCACAGUAUGCCCUCAGUGAGGUAUUAGCUACCAUCAUCUUGAUGUCUGUAAAAGGCCAUCAUUUUUCUGUGAAAAGGUGAGAAAAAUGGGAAAAGCAACAAGACGACUACUAGAUGUGAUUUACCUUACCUGCCCCACCACCCCCGCCUCCUCUUAAAGGAAUACUCCACCCCCACCCUUGCCCCGAGAACCGUGUUGUCACCUGAAGGCUAGUCAGCCACAGGCCACAGUCUGAACAGAGUUGACAAUGAGAAGCUAAAAGGCAGCAGAGUGUCCCCCUCAGCUCUUCCCCUCCGAGGCCCGGGUGUUUGGUCUGUCUCCGGUAUCCUCUUUCAACAAACCUCCCUUUUUCUGAAGAAGCCACGCGACAACAGAGGUGAAGACGGAUAGGAAAAGAAAGGAGCAACUGCACGCAGGGCAGCAAGGAGGCAUGCUCGGCCAAGCCACUGUAACUCCCUGGUGGUCUCUCAGCAGGCCAAGGCCAGACAUGGCAGGAAGACAGUGCAUCUUCAUCCCGUGCUUCUCGUUGAUGAGAAGUGAGUGCUUAAGUGUAGGAUUCUUGUCUUUCCAGUUUUUCACGAUCUACUGUUCCACCCCACACUGCCAUACGGCAAGGGCACAGAUUUCAUCCUGGAGUUCUGGCUAGUUAUCCUAGGACUGCACCCCAUUAAGUCUACCUAGGGCAAGCAGCUCCCUUGCCAAGAAUGGCCUGAUGUCCCUCCUUUUUGCCAGUUCCAUUCCCAGUUUGUCUUAACUGUGGUUUUAUCGAUUGAGGAAGAAAAGGAAUGAAAUUUAGGAUGAACAGUUAGAUGAAGGACUGUGUGGUAGAUGUCCCCACCUACUGCAUGGUUGUGCAGGUUGCUAUGUCACCCGGGUGCAGAAUAUGCUGCUUUUUCUCUUCCCCAUAAUCCCGUGGGGCUGCAACUUCUGAAGCACAAGCAGCUGAGACAAAAAGUACCAGGUGCCCCUCUGGAGCAGCCCUACCUCAUUUCCCAAGAUAGCAGCCACAGCACAGAGGGGCUCUUUCAUUGUGUGAUCCUCUCCCUGGACAUUCAACAGAAGCCCUAACACUUAUUUAAAAAAGAAUGGGCGGUGGGGCUGAGUUCAGAGUAAUUCUGUCUUUGUUGGGUUUGGAGAAACCCGUUAGGCAGGUAUUGAACCUGGUGUUUUGUUCUACAUGUGAGAAGUGUGGUUUUGAGGAUCUCUGGACACUAGAACACAUUUCCAAGAGAGGAAAGGAUUUUAGGUAGACAAAUCACCAUUAGAGGGUUUGCAAGCACAAUUCUGUUCAAAAACAAAGGACUAUUUACACGUGUACCACAGUUAACAACCAACCUGAACUUUGCAGGUGGGUUUUAAAAAGGUGAUCACUUAGAGUAUAAACAGCUUACCAUAUUCCAUUGAGUCUAAGAGACACUUAAAAAAUGAACAUCUUUGAAAUUGAGUUAUGUCUUUUAAUCAGUUGAUAUGAGAGUUUAACUGGCAGCAUUUUUUCCUUCUUGGUAUUACAUAUAAUAAUGGUUCAUUCUACAAGUGGUAACACCUUAGAUUUGAUGAAGUAUGAUGCUGGAUAGAUGGAAUGGCUGAUGGCAGGAUUUUGCUAAGUAGCUAUGUCUCCUACUGUAUUUUAACACAUUAUUUGAGAAGUUGUUAAGGUCCUCCACCUGGCAGAGGACCCAGUACAAAACAGGCACUGGGUAAACACUGAACCAACUUUGGA